AUGGUCUUAUUUAGGUCCCUCGUCUUCUUCUCGGCGACAGCUUGUGCCGCUACGGCACCGCCAUCACAAUCACAGGGAGGAAUCAUGGCGGAACAAGGACUCCCCGAUGGCAUCUACCAAGCCGCUGCCGUACAAGGCCCUACAUUCGAAGCCCCAUCGGCUGUCCCAUCCAGUCACUUGUCUCUCCGCGGAUGGAAACAUCCGCCCGGCGAGGGCGACUUCCACGAAAAACCCGGCCCGCAUACGGAGGAUGAGUAUUCGGUGCCCAUACACGCCACCAGGCAUUCGUGCCACAAGGAUCGUCACAUCUUGCUCAACAGCACUGAGUAUCGCCGCGCCAUCGACAACCUCUGGGACUAUUGCCAGAACUUCAAGGUCCCCUACCACGGCGCUCACUUGUCCAUCGUCGGCGAUGUCAUGGUGUACGUUUGCGCGUAUGGCAGAGAGAGGCCCUGCCACCGACACGAGUGGAACGAGGCGGAACAAAUCAUGGAUAAAAAGUGCGGGCAGGGAAAGGGCUCGCACGUACAGAUGAGGAAAAAGCUCAAGGAGUAUGGAAGGGCCCACGUUGGGAAGAAGGUUUGCGCUUCGUCUAGCUUGGGAAUGGAUCUUGAAUGGAAGACGAAGCCGCUUCCUGUAUUGGUGAAUGGCCAGACGCUCGGCCAUUGGAAGGCUGGGCCGCCUAGAUAUAAGGCUGGCGACCCUCAAUAUAAGGCGGAAGAGGAUGGGAAGAAGGAGGAUAAGGCAGAAGAGGAUGGAAAGAAGGAGGAUAAAGUGGAAGAUGAUGGGAAGAAGAAGGAUAAGGCGGGCUAG